CUUUAAAUCCCAGGAAAAAAAAAUCUAUGCCUUGGUUGUCUAGAUUCUUGCUUUCUAAGGUCUUCUUCAAGCCAAGAAAACCAGCCUCUUUCCUUCUGUUGACUGACUUUUUGUUUGAAAAAUUCACAGCUAUCAUGUGGGCUGCAUGUUGCAACUGGUUUUGCCUGAAUGGACAGCCUGAAGACAUGCCACAUUGCCCGCAGCCAGGAACUCGAGCAUACUCCAAUGCUGGCUACAGCUCCUUCCCAUCUCCCACAGCUUCAGAGCAGAGUUGCAAAGCCUGCGGGGUGCAUUUUAGCAGCUCCUUCCUUAAGCGCGUCUGCCUGGACUGCAAGAAAAGCUUCUGCCCUUCCUGUUCGCACCAGCCCGAGAGCAGCCCCUGCCUCUGCCACCUCUGUGAGCGAUUCCGAGCUACAGCUUUUCAGCGGGAAGAACUCAUCAAAAUGAAAGUGAAGGACUUGCGAGAUUAUCUGGAGCUCCGGGAGAUCUCCACGGAGAUGUGCCGUGAAAAAGACGAGCUGGUGUGCUUGAUUAUCAGUCAGCAGCCCUUGGAUCCCCAAAGGGAGAGGGCCCCCCAGGUUCCUUGCCCAGCACCAGUUUCUGUUGCCCAGGAGGAAUGUACAGUGACACCAGUUUCACAGGAUUACUCUCCCGAGCAAAUUUCCACCAACCCUGCCUUGCAGACUGAGGAGCAUCCCCAGGCAAAUGGGCAUGUGCUGCCGAGCCAGGACGAUAUGGCAGAAGUUGAGAGCGCAGUGCAAAACCUGCCUGAGGAAGAGACGCAGUCCACUGAUUCAGAAGAUAACCUAGUUACGGGACGGAGGGCAUCUCUCUCUGACCUAACAAGCCUGAGAGAUAUUGAUGCCCUCUCGGUAAGGCAGUUGAAAGAGAUCCUGGCUCGCAACUUCGUUAACUACAAAGGCUGUUGUGAGAAAUGGGAGCUAAUGGAGAGAGUGACCCGCCUUUACAAAGAGAAGGACCUCCAGCAGCUGGUUUCAGAUACUGACGAUCAAACUGCUCCAACUGGUAAUGCCACCCUCCCUGGUUCUGAAGAAAACCUCUGCAAAAUCUGUAUGGACUCCGUCAUUGACUGUGUCCUAUUGGAGUGUGGCCACAUGGUGACUUGCACAAAGUGUGGGAAACGUAUGAAUGAGUGUCCCAUCUGCCGGCAAUACGUGAUAAGAGCUGUCCACGUUUUCAGGACUUAAAAGCACAGGAAGCAGGACUAAUAUUCUUCCACUGUGACAGAGAGCACCAGUCCCAGAGCCACCCAGUCCCCAUUCUUAAGAAGCCCACAGAUGAUAGGUGAGAUGAAGGAUGGAGGGCUGCGGAGAAUUGAGCUGUGAUUGGCUGCCUACCCCAACUAAUACUGUGCAUUAUACUACAGUGCCUGGAGAGCUGGACAUCCUCAGUAGAUCUAGAAAGCAACAUGCCUUUUCUUUGUCUGCUUUUGACAGGGCAUAAAGAAACUCUUGAUGUUUCCAAGACAUUGAGGCUCUUCCCCUCUGGAGUAAAUAAACAAGGUGAUCUAAAGAGGAAGAGAGAUUUGCUUCUCUCAAUUCUCCUUUCUCUUUGACUAAAUCCUUGAAGGGGAGAAUAUAUAUUCCUCCUUUUUUUGGAUAUAUAUUUUUUUAAAGAAAAAACUUUUAGUUUAUUAGCUAGCCUUGCUGGUCAGGCUGAAAGUUGUCUCUUCUAUUGCCUUGGAUUCUUGUACAGAGUAAAGCUGUGUCCUACCGUAGUGGCCAUGGUGACAUACCUACAGAUGAAGAGGGGUUGUAGGCGAGGCGAGGAUUUACAAUGAUGGAGUUGAAAUUUUGCCAGUUUUGUAGCGAAUGAGUAUCUCAGGGAUACUUUCUAUGUUUUUGUUUGUUUAUAAUUUUGUCAUGAUCAAAAUGCGGUGGCCUUUAAGAAAAUCAAGUUGCAUUAUAAUUGAUUUGUUUUGUAUUGUCAUUGGGGAAAACUCUUUAACAUUUGUUCUGGAUUUUGCUUAUGGAAUUAGCAUUUGGGAUAAUAAGGCGGAACCAGUUGUGCUUUUUAAAGGCCAGCGUCAGAUCAUAAACUACAUUAGGGCCUAUCCUUGACAAAGGAUCCUCUUCAUUUCACUCUUUUGUUAGCAUUUGCUGCCUUUCUGAUAAUAGUAUUUCAUACCGAGAUGAACAGAUGUCCAGAUUGCUUUCUGUAGAAGUUCAACUACUUGAUUUUUUUGAAGUACGUAUUUCUGCCUUUAAAUGACAAGCGUUGGCAUUUCAUUUGCUUCUAUUGAAAAAAAAAUCUUAUGUUCUUUAAUCACUCUUCGGUGAAGCAUUGAAGUGAAGAAAUUGGAUACAUGGGAUCAGAAUGGAUCUUUUCAUUAGUAAAGAUGAAAUGAAAUGCUGAAGAUGGAGGGUCUUUUGCCUUGCUCUUCUGAAACCAUUUUUUGGUGACUACGCAAAUGUGUUUAGCUAUCUAAUUGCAGUUAAUGAAUCCCCAUGAAUCUUGGACUGGAUCCUACUUUUACAACUGACGGAGAGGACUGUUUUAGGAAGAAUCACAGAAAAAAGGUAAUCAGUAAUUCUUAAAAAAAAUGGUUUUGGAAGAAAUCCAGGAGAACCAUUUAGUUGUUUACAUACUAUCUUCUUCCAAGGGUGUUUCAGAAAGACAGUUUUUCUCUCCAUGUUGCAUAAAAAGCCUUAAGAAAUGUGGCACUUUCAUAUCAGCGGCUUCCUUCACUGUUCAUGUCUUAAUUCCCAGUCAGCCCAAGUGCUUUCUUAAAUUUUGGCUGUUUCCCAAAUUUGUUAAUUGCCUUUUGUAAGUUGAAGAUGCCUUAUAGUUUGCCUUAAGCCUACAGUACAGGUGUUUUGUACUGCAGUUCUUUUUAGCCUUAGCAGCAAGGGAAUUGUAUUUCAGAACAUAGGAAGUGCACUAAUGCUGCCUUAAGUCCUGAGAUGAGUGUAAAAUAGUUAACCAUCAAUUUGCUUACAGGUUGCAUCGAUGAAAGAUUGCAUAUAAAUCUUUCCUCCCUUUCUCCUAUGGAAUUCCACAGGUGUUCAAAAGAAAGGGAUUUUUUUUUUUACAAAUCAGUUUGCACAUGCAGUAUAUAUUACCUUCUUCAUUAUGGUUCCCAAAGAUCUACCUUCAGAAUUGCACUAUUGGGCAUGGCAAUAUCCCAAAUACCUGGGAUUGUGAACCUCUGUCCUACCUGCUUUUUUUGUAAAUGCUUUUGAUAACAGAUUGUGAGAUAUAAUCCCUAUAUGUAUAUCUGUAACCUCUGCAACCAACAUCGUAGUUUGUGGAUAGUUUUUUAAAAAAAAGCUUUUUGGGGGCGGGGUGGGGCUUCGGUGCAUUUUUAACACGGAUUGGCUAUGUAUAAAGCCAAUGAGGGAAACAAUUUGUAACCCUUUUCUUUGGGAUGGUGAGGAACAGAGGGAUUUUUUUUCCAUAUAGGAAAUCUUAAAACUUCAGUUAAUGUUAGAAAUGUCAUUUGAGUUACUGUUGUUCAGCUGUUAAAUUUCCCUUUUCCCCCUUUUAGGAAGGACUUUAAAAAAUAAAAUAAACUUUACAUUCCAAUAGGGGGCACGAUAAUGAAUAAAGGGGUUCUUUGUGAACUUUGUGAAUAUUAGAUGUUGAUCAUGCCUAAAACAAAAUUGCUGGUACGGGUAAUAGCGGGGGAAGAAGAGGUAGGAACCUGAAGAAGGAAAAUACCCAAAUCUCUAUUUGUUGUCAAGUUCAAUGUAAACAUGGGUGGUGACUUAACAAGUUAGACAGGGCUGCUCUUCCCAAAGCGUUGGGCUAUUCCAUGGGUGUCAAACUCGGUUUCAUUGAGGGCCGCAUCAGGAUUGUUUGACCUCAGGAAGCUGGGGUG